UUGUUUUUGUUUUUCCAAGGGCUUAAACUAUGCAAUACCCCGACAAAGAGACUGAUCAAAUAGUCUGCUCUGGCCAGUAUUGAGGCGAAACAGACUGAUCGGCGUAACGAUUUCAGGAUCCAGGCUUUUAUAUGACAAUAAGCACGAGGUUACAAGAAGGAUGCAAUCGCACGUCUAACGCAUACUGUAAUGCAUACUCGUGUUAUUGUAGUGCGAUCAUAUCAAACAGAAUACAACCAAACACCCGGUGUCAUAAAGAAAUUCAACAGUUGUGAGCAGCUUUCAUCAGGAUUCAAUAUCUGAAGAGCGUGUCGGUGGAGCUUGACGGGAUGCAUUUACCUGCGAGCUUCUGGCCAGCAGUGAGCGCCUGAACCUUUGCCAGUGGUCGGAGGAUACGCCCCGUGUUCGCUGUCCGGAAGCUGCGGGGCUGAGGAUGUACGCCGGAGGAAUAAACAGAGCGAUCUCACUGGAAACGCAUGCAAGUUUUUAAUUCAAGCUGCAGAGGUGUUACAAACUGUGAGACCCUAAUCCACUAGCCCUUGUCGAUACGUCAAACUAAAUGUACAGAGGAUAAAGAGCUGAAAAGAAGAGAAUAAAACAUUUCUUUUAACCCUUGAUCGUAUAUUGAUAUACUCGCUGUAUUGUCCUGGCUUACAUGCAAUCCAAACUGUCACAAAGAAGGCUGCUGAAGACGAACUGUACGAUUUACGGCAGGGAUUCGUUUUUGGAGAUCACAUUCAUAGAAAAAUACGGAGCUUCUGAACUCUGCCUCCCUCAGAGUCUGCGCCACAGUGGCCCUGCUGGAUUGAGAGGUCUGUAGCGGUGCCCCCCCCCCCCCCCCGUCGAUUCGGACCCCUCCACCUCUCCCAGGCCCCCGGACCCUCCUCAUCUGCGCAGAUCCCCUGAAGCUCUGAGGGGACCUGCUGCCUGACGUUUGGAUAUACCGGUGAGCACAGGAAGCUUACAGCAAAAUUUUGGACCCGGUUCUCCCAUUAGACUUGGCAGCUGGACGACGUCGGAAGGGAAAACUCUAAGCUUUCGCCAGGAGUUCUCCUCUGACGACAACUCCGACGUGGUCAAGGAUACAGAUGCUAAUCUUUUAGCCGUCCUUCCCAGGGUUUCAGAACUAAGGAAGUAUUUCGAGCGUGUUGCCCGUGAUUUAGAGAUGAACAGGAAGGAGCGCAUCGCCAGACGCCUGGAGGGCAUCGAGGGUGAUGCUGGCCUGGUGUCCCACCGCCUGUUGGAGGAGGACACCCCACGCUACACACGUGCCACCGAUCUCUGUGAGCCGUGUGUUGUGGUGCGGAGAUAUAGCAGGGAAGAGCUGGCAGUCCCGCCGGCUGUAGAGGUUAUCGCCCCAGAGAGGCAGUCCAGAGUUCGAGUGCGAGCCGAACCGAAGACAACCCAGGCUCCGCCCUACAGCUCCACCUCGGUGCUGGCAGAGCUGGACUCCAAGGCAGAGCGGAUCGCCCGCUACAAGGCAGAGCGCAGGCGGCAGCUGGCCGAGCGCUAUGGGAUCUCCCUGGAUCAGGAGACGGAGGUGGAGCCCAGCACACCUCGCCAUGGUUACGGGCGCACACGUAUGCAGCUGGAGGAGGGGGGCAGGGGCUGUGGCCAGGGGCCACAGGAGAGACACUCCUUACGGGUUUCAGGGGGAUCACAUAGCAGCAGUUCUGGGGUGGGCCGGGUCUUCAUGGCGGCACAGCCAGGACCCCUCGUGGCUGCCCCCGGCUCCUCGGAGCAUGAGAGAGCGAUGAAUCUGGAGAACUCCAGGCGAGACCGAGACAGGGAGAGGGGAGCCCAGCCUGUGUCACCACCCAGCUACACAGACCCGCCAGUGUCCUCCACCAAGGCCCCUCCCAGAGAGCCACCCUUAGCAGGAGUGCCCAGCUCCCCCAGGCCCGGUCGCAGAGCCUCCCUGCCCACCCCGCGGUACGGCAUCUCCCCCGGGGACUUGUUCAUCGAGCAGCAGGCGCAGAACAUCCUCAACAGGCAAGGUAUUAGAGCUAGGGAGAGACGGAUGAAAGAUGACCUCUCACACAGGAGUGCAGAGUGGGGGUUUGACGCGCCACCCCCCAGGCAACACCCCCAGGUCACCAUUCACCAAGUGGUGCCUCACCCUAACCCCCCGCACGGCAGGAUGGCCGCCGCCCACCCAGAACCCACGCACGGCAGGAUGGCCGCCGCCCACCCCGAACCCACGAACGGCAGGAUGGCCGCCGCCCACCCCGAACCCACGCACGGCAGGAUGGCCGCCGCCCACCCCGAACCCACGCACGGCAGGAUGGCCGCCGCCCACCCCGAACCCACGCACGGCAGGAUGGCCGCCGCCCACCCCGAACCCACGCACGGCAGGAUGGCCGCCGCCCACCCCGAACCCACGCACGGCAGGAUGGCCGCCGCCCACCCCGAACCCACGCACGGCAGGAUGGCCGCCGCCCACCCCGAACCCACACACAGCAGGAUGGCCGCCGCCCACCCCGAACCCACGCACGGCAGGAUGGCCGCCGCCCACCCAGAACCCACGCACGGCAGGAUGGCCGCCGCCCACCCCGAACCCACGCACAGCAGGAUGGCCGCCACCCACCCCGAACCCACGCACGGCAGGAUGGCCGCCGCCCACCCCGACCCCACGCACGGCAGGAUGGCCGCUGCCCACCCCGAACCCACGCACGGCAGGAUGGCCGCCGCCCACCCCGAACCCACGCACGGCAGGAUGGCCGCCGCCCACCCCGAACCCACGCACGGCAGGAUGGCCGCCGCCCACCCAGAACCCACGCACAGCAGGAUGGCCGCCUCCCACCACGGUAUAAGGUCCCAGCAGACACCCAGUGCCAGCCGCCCCGUCGGCCAGUACCGGAGUCCUCAGAGGAGAGCCAGCAUGGAGUUUAACCCUGACAUGCAAGUGGCGGGCGGCUCGCCAGUCAAGACAGAGGGGCUGCUGCGGAGCAGGAAGGCCGUGCUGCCCUCAGAGGUGCGCCACUGGGAGAAGAGUGUUGACACUCCCUAUAUGGCUGGGCCAGGAGAGGAGGAAGAGGAUGAGGAGCAGUCAGUUCGCAUCAUAGGUCGACGGUUCAGUCGGAACAUGGAGGAUCACGCACCCAGAUUCAUGGAGCAAGCCCCGAAUCAGGUGCAGCAUGCCCCGGGUCCUCCUGAGCACACCCCAAGAGACGUGCAGCACAUCUCCAGGACCUCUGAGCCCAUCCACAGACAGGGUGAUCACACCAGGCCUCAGACCCACGCAGCAUACAAUCAGGAGCGCAUCUCGAGACCGAUGGAGCACAUACCAAAGUCCGCAGAUAGCACCUCUAGGGUGGCGGAUCAUAUAUCAAGGGCAGGAGAUGUGGUCAUCAGGCCUGUGGAGCGUACAUCCAAAGCCAUGGAGCACACACCGAGGCGGGCCAGCCACAUCACAAAGCUGGGGGAUCACAACCUUGACCAGCAAGAGGUAGAGCUACCCGAGGGCUUAACCAGGGACAACUACCUGGAUGAUGGGAGGUCCAUGUACCUCCAGAGGGGCUCAUCGUUCCUAGCAGGGCAGCAUAGAAUCACGGAGGCGCCCUCGAUGGCCAUGAAGCCCAAAACCCGCGUACGGUCCAUGUCUGACAUUGGGGUACCCCAGAGCGCAACAGUCUACCGGAAUCGGGAGAGCUGGGAGGGUGGCGUGGCCAAUGGGGAGCUCAGCACCCUGGACACCAGGGUUUCUGUGGCACAGCUCCGCCACUCCUACCUGGAGAAUGUCAAUGCCAACAUCAGGAAGCCAGAACCGGAGGCUAAGGUAGAGCUGGCAGCGUUGGAUGUCAGGCCGGAGCGCGAAGGGGGUCCCCGGAGACCCCGCUGCUAUAUCGUCCCCGGUGACGACAGAAAGACUUCUGAGAGGUUCAGGACUCAGCCAAUCACCUCUGCAGAACGACUAGAGUCCGAUAGGACCCAUUUAAGUCCUACAGAGCUACAGAAGACGGAAGGGGAAGAGGAGAAGCUGGAUGAAAGAGCCAAGCUGAGUGUGGCUGCCAAGCGCUCCCUGUUCAGGGAGCUGGAGAAGACCGGUGAUGGCAGUGUGCCCAAGCCGGUAUCCCGCAACGCCGCAGUAGAGAGGAGGCUCAGGCGUUUACAGGAGCGUUCCCACACGCAGCCGGUCACCUCUGAGGAGGUGGUCAUCGCCACCACUGCCCCUGACCCCCAUUCGCAAGCAGUGACCGCCCACACCGCCGCCCCAAGCAUCCCGACCCCCACACUAGUCAGCAGCACAGUGACACGCCUCAGCCUACAAGGGUCCUCGCAGCAGAGCCCCGUCACUCCAGAGACUCACUCAACUGAGGCGGUGAUGACAUCAGCGGUACGAAUAGCAGUGGAAGAAAAGGUACCAGAGGAGCCCGACCUGUCUGCCCUCAGCCUGACAGAAAAGAUGGCGCUCUUCAACCGAUUAGCACAGAAGCCAACAUCCAAAUGGCUGACGGAAGGGGUGGUGAGUGGGGUCGCUCAGCGCAGAGCUUCCAGCCGCUAUCAGACCCAGCCCAUCACCCUUGGGGAGGUGGAGAAGGAAGAGGUUACAUCGGGUGCUCCUCUGGUGCCAAAAGAUGAUGUAGAGGAGCAGCAGAAAGACAUUCAGCCUGAAAGCGUUCAGAAUGGAGGAAAGGUCAAGCCUGAACCUCUGUCGGCCCUGCUGGUCCGGCAGAGCCCAGCACAUACCACCACGGUUUCGGUUGCCCACGUGGGUGAUGUCCACCUGAGCAGAUCUGCCACCAUUGCAUUCAGCCCGGGGGUGGGGGCCAGCGAGUUGGAUGCCACUCCGGUUCCGCCCAAACGCCGCAGCCCCGCCCGUAUCAGUGACAUCAGUGCCCCCAAACCACCAUCCCCGCCCCACCUGGAUCGGUCGACAGAAAUCAAAAGCUCCUCCCACAAUAUUUCAUUGGUCGGGCUGCGGCAGCAGGCGGGGACAGAAGCAGAGCUUGGUGACAGCUGUGGAGCUGCAGGGGGCGGGGCUAGUUGGAGGAAGCCCCGCCCCCCUAAGGGGGAGGACGAAGUGAAACAUCCACCAGCCAUCCAGCCGAGCCCAUGCAGUGAAUGUGGCCCCACCCCGCCCUCAAGGCAAGGCGCCCCCCCACGGAGACCCGAGAGCACAGUCGCCCCGGCAACAGAAGAACAUGGGGGCCUUGUGAAGGAAUUGAGGACGUCCUCACAGAACCUGUACGAGACAGAGACGACGGUAGCGGUGCACUCUCAGACCACGGUGUCAGAGCUGCAGGAGAGCAGUGUCUCUGCAAGAGCAGCGGCUUCAGCGGCUCCCAGGACCGGCUCCCAGCCUCCGCCCGAGCAGCAGUCAGGCGAGGCGACCCCGGCAGACCGCCAGGGAGAGGACGCAGACGGGAUGUCAUCGCGGCAGAUGUCCAUCAAGGAGAGGGUGGCCUUGCUGAAGAAGAGCGGGGAGGAGGACUGGAGGAACAGGAUUAACAAGAAGCAGGAGGCGAUACAGGUGGCAGAGAGUGAGACACAGCUGUGGGAGCAGGAGCAGAGUCUCAAGAAAACGGAGGAAGGGAGGGUGAUUGAUGACUUGGCAGUGUCUGAUGAAUUCUGGGAUCCUGUCUUUUCCUGCACAUACUCUCCUCCUCCUCCUCCUCUCCCUGCUGGGCAAAUGAGCCAGCUCAUUGAUUCCCAGCCCCAGGCCAGCCCCCCCAGUACCACAGAGCCUCCCACCAGACAGGUGGAUCACCUUCACCCAUGGAGACGGAAGCGCAUCGGCGAGGAGAAUGAAGCCGAGAUGACUAUCGAGGAGAGGAAACAGCUAAUUAGCUCCAAGGAGGAGACAUGGAAAUCCACUGGCCAGGGGGCAGCCAACGACUCUUCUCAAUUCACUGUGGCUGCGCGCAUGGUCAAGAAAGGAUUAGCUGCGCCCGCCAGUCUCCUAACCCCGAUAAUCUCCCCCCUGGGUAUCCAUACGCGUGGCAACAUGGCUGCCAUCAGCAAACCCCAGGAAGAAAUUGAGGUGAGACCAGAUAUGAACCUGGAAUCUGAUCGAAAGCUUGACAAAUUGGAAUCCUUUCUUGGGCGGAUAAACAGUAAAAUGGCAGGCCUCCAGGAGACAACUCUAACUGUAACGGAGAAGGCCGUCAAGGAGGUGAUGAAGCUGGACGAUGAGAUCUUCUCUAAGUUCUACAAAUGCAUGACUGAUUUUCCUCGAAUGAGUGGCAGGAUAGAGAUCGAUGAAGACUUCGACGCCAUCUUUGGCACACAUACGCCCAAGCUAACAUCUGCCAUGGUGCAACACAAGCGGGAGGUCCGGCCACUGCGGAAGGUGCAGGCAUCGCGCAACCCGCUGAAGAUGCUAGCGGCACGUGAGGAUAUCCGGCAAGAGUAUACAGAGCAGCGGCUCAAUGUGGGCGUGCUGGAAUCCAGGAGGAUGAAGAGCGAGAAAAUGUCAAAAUCCUCCAGCUACUCCGAGGCAGCACUGGCGGGCCUGGCCAGCAAGGAGAGCUUCAGCAAUAUCAGCCUGCGCAGUGUCAGUAUCUCCGAGCAGAUGUCCAACAACAGUGCCGUGCCCUACAAGACGCUCAUGCUCAUGCAGGUCAAAGGCCGGAGGCACGUGCAGACGCGGCUGGUGGAGCCAAGGUCCUCCUCUCUGAACAGCGGCGACUGCUUCUUGCUAGUGACACCCCAGCACUGCUUCCUGUGGAUCGGAGAAUUCGCCAACGUCAUCGAGAAGGCCAAGGCUGCUGAACUGGCCAUGUUCAUCCAGACUAAGCAUGACCUGGGCUGCCGAGCAGACCAAGUGCAGACCAUCGAGGAGAACGCUGAGAGCCAGGCUCAUGUGCUCAACGAGUUCUGGAACAUUCUCGGGGGACAGGACAGUUACCAACCGACUGGACCCCCUGAGGAAGACGAGCUAUACGAAAGCGCCAUAGUGGAGACCAACUGCACAUAUCGCUUGGUGGACGACAAGCUGGUCCCUGAUGAUGACUUCUGGGGAAAGGCUCCGAAAUACUCUCUGCUGGACUCCAAAGAGGUUCUGGUGUUUGACUUCGGCAGCGAGGUCUACGUGUGGCACGGAAAGGAGGUGACGCUAGCGCAGAGGAAGGUGGCCUUCCAGCUGGCCAAGCACCUGUGGAACGGCACCUUCGACUACACCAACUGUGACAUCAACCCUCUGGACCCAAGCGGCUGCAAUGCGCUCAUACCCAGGAAAGGCCAGGGGCGGCCUGACUGGGCGGUCUUUGGCCGGCUCACGGAGCACAACGAAACCAUCCUGUUCAAGGAGAAGUUCCUGGACUGGAAGGAAUCUAAGAAACCAGCACAGCAGAACGACAAUGAGCAAGUCAGCGAGCAGAAGGAGCAGCGGGGCUACACGUGCCAGCCGUACAACGCAUCACUGAUGCUGCCCGUGCUGCAGACACCGGUCAGCAUGAUGCUGGAGGGCGUGGACGUGGGCAGGGGCUACGGCCUGCUGGAGGGUGACGACCACCGGCGCUUCGAGAUCAGCACGCUGGGCGUGGAUGUCUGGCACAUCCUGGAGUUCGACUACAGCCGGCUGCCCCGACAGAGCAUCGGCCAGUUCCACGAGGGCGACGCGUACGUGGUCAAGUGGCGGUACAUGGUGAGCGCAGCAGUGGGCAGGAGGCAGAACCCCGAGCAGAUCCGUGUGGGUGGGACUGGCAAGGAGAAGUGCUGCUACUUCUUCUGGCAGGGUCGGCACUCCACGGUGAGCGAGAAGGGCACAUCGGCUCUGAUGACUGUGGAGCUGGACCAGGAGCGCGGCGCCCAGGUGCAGGUGCAGCAGGGGAAGGAGCUGCCGUGCUUCCUGCAGUGCUUCAGCGGCGGGAUGAUUGUGCACUCGGGGAAGAGGGAGGAGGAGGAGGAGAACACGCAGAGUGAGUGGCGCCUGUACUGCGUCCGCGGCGAGGUGCCGGUGGAGGGCCAUCUGCUGGAGGUGCCCUGCCACUGCAGCAGCCUCCGCUCCCGGGCUUCUAUGAUCCUCCUCAGCGUCAACCAGGCAGUCAUCUACCUGUGGCACGGCUGCAAGGCCCAGCCACACACGCGCCAAGUAGGCCGGACGGCGGCCAAUCGGAUCAAAGAGCAGUGCCCCCUGGAGGCGGGCCUGCACAGCAGCAGCAAAGUGACCAUUCACGAGUGCGACGAGGGGGCGGAGCCCACGGGAUUCUGGGAGGCGGUGGGAAGGAGGGAUAGGAAGGCCUACGACUGCAUGCUGCAAGAUCCUGGGAAGUUCAACUUCACUCCACGGCUCUUCCAGUUGACCAGCUCGUCGGGGGAGUUUCUGGCAGAGGAGUUCUUCUACCCCUCCAGGGUGGCUGAGCUGGUCAGCUCGCUGCCCUUCCUGCAAGAGGACCUGUAUGCCGCCUCCCAGCCAGCCCUCUUCCUGGUGGACAACUUCCACGAGGUGUACUUGUGGCAGGGCUGGUGGCCCCAGGACUGCGAGAACACAGGCUCCGCCCGCAUCCGGUGGGACGCAGACAGAAAGUGCGCCAUGGAAACGGUGCUGCAGUACUGCAAAGAGAAGAAUGAGAAGAAGCCGCAGAAGUCGUACCUGAUCCACGCUGGCCUGGAGCCCCUCACCUUUACCAACAUGUUCCCCAGUUGGGAGCAUCGGGAGGACAUCGCUGAGAUCACAGAGCGGGAAGCUGAGGUAUGCAACCAGAUCAUCCUAGUCGAGGAGGUGCUGGCACGGUUGUCCAAGAGUUGCUACCCGCUGGAGGAACUCUUGGCACGACCCCUUCCAGAGGGGGUGGACCCACUGCGCUUGGAGAUCUACCUGUCAGAUGAGGACUUUGAGGAUAUAGGGGCUCCUGAACGGAGAGCUCUGGGGAUGAGCCGAGAUGAAUUUGAAGGAUUGCCUGGAUGGAAGCAAGUGAACGUGAAGAAGACCAAGGGUCUGUUUUAGAGAGAAUGCAGUCUGCGGUGGUCAGGGUGCAGUCGAAGAGGGGAGGAGCUCACCAGCCGGCCGCUGGCGUCGAUCCAACCUCCCACCGGAAGGCACGAAGGGAAUCGCAAGUGCUGAAUGGGCAUGGAACAGAAUCGGUCAAACCUCCAGGAAGCAGUUGGAGACAUGGGCAUCUGUUCCCCGGGGGCUUUUUUGGGUGUUCUUCUUUUUCAAUUUUAUGUCUUUGUAGAAGGGUUCCCAGUGUUUUAGAGACGCUUUUUUCCAGGGGCUGUCAAGAAGCUGCUUUUAAAACAUGCACAUGUCCUUUUCACUGACCAGUACCAUCUACCAUAUACCCCCGAGUAACAAACAAACCAGUCACGUACAGCCUGUCUAUCCAAAGCAUUUUCUUUUGUGUGUUUGUGCAAUAUAUAAAUAAUUUGUAUUUAUGUAAACACCUAAUAAUGAAGGAAAAAACAGAUGUGUUCAUACUGAGGGGUCAUAUGUUGUGUCAUAUGUUGAUAGGAAUGUUAAUUUUCUGUUGACUCUUAAAUGGAAGCAAUGGAGAAAAAAAAUAUAUUCAUGCCAAGGAUUUACUUUUUUUUAUUUUGCAUUCUGACGUGUCUGUGACCCUCUGCUUACAGGUGCUAAGAUCCAAUUUGUAAUUUAAAGGCAUGGAAUUAAAAUUUCCUUGUGCGUUUAAACCAUGUAUAGUGCCUUGCUUUUGUGUACAGUUUAUAUACAGAAGGAUUUUAGUCUGCGUUUCAGAAGAACCUCUUUGUGAUAUAAAGGAAAUGAGACAAAAUAAAAUCUUUAAAUCCC